AUGCCGUUGUACGUUGUGAAUUCCGAGAAGCACCCGUUGCUAGGCCGUGAGUGGCUGAAGGAGAUGCCGGUGGACUGGAACAACAUGUUUCAGGGGUCGAGUGUUGUGAAUGCGAUUGCUGCUACUAUUUCCCCGCGUCGUGAUGCUGCAUUGGAGGAGGUUCUGGGGAAAUAUCCGAAGGUUUUCGAGGGCUCGAUCGGAAAGAUUUCCCACGUUCAAGCUAACCUACCAUUGAAGAACGGUGCUCGGCCGGUGUUUCUCAAGGCACGGAAGAUGCCUUUCAACAUGCUGAAAGCGGUUGAGGACGAAUUGGAGAAACUGGAUGCAGAGGGUGUGCUCACGAAAGUUAACUCCAGUAACUGGGCAACACCGAUUGUGCCUGUGAAGAAGUCACAGAACCGGGUGAGGAUUUGCGGAGACUACAAGCAGACCGUGAACCCGAACCUCGUGGUGGACAAGCAUCCACUGCCUACUGUGGACGAGUUGUUUGCUUCACUAGCGGGAGGAAUGAAGUUCAGCAAGAUUGAUCUCGUCCAAGCGUACCUGCAACUGGAAGUGGCUCCAGAAGAUCGUGAAAUACUCACACUUACUAUCUGGCAGCGGCAGAUGGAGGCCCUACUGCAAGGCAUUGAUGGAGUAAGCGUUUUCCUGGAUGACAUCAAGAUCACGGGUGAAAACGAUGAAGUUCAUUUGCGUCGGCUGGAGGAGGUACUUCGGCUACUGAAUGAAUGCGGAAUUCGGGUGAACAAGGAUAACUGCGAGUUCUUUGUGGACAAAUUGAGUACUGCGGUGCAAGCAAUCCAGGAAAUGCCAAGGCCGAAGAACAAGGACGAAAUUCGGUCAUUCGUCGGAUUUGUAAAUUACUACGGGCGGUUCUUUGAGAACCUGAGCACGGUCCUGUAUCCGCUUAACAACCUACUGAAGAACGAUGUUCCAUUCAGAUGGACCAAUCAAUGCGAAGAUUCUUUCAAGAAAGUGAAGGAACAGAUGCAGUCCGACAACUGA